AGAUGGGCUGCAAUAGCGUCAUACCUACCGCAAAGAACCGACAACGAUAUCAAGAACUACUGGAACACCCACUUGAAGAAGAAGCUCCAGAAGUUCCAAGCGGCCACGGAGAGGGACGAGAGGAGCGGCUCGGGACAGUUCCCGGGCCAAACUUCGUCCACAAGAAACCUCGGUAACCAAGCUCCUACUUAUGCCUCAAGCACUGAAAACAUUUCUCGCCUUCUCGAGGGUUGGAUGAGAUCAUCUCCAAAGGGUACAACCACAAAGUUCUUGGACCAAAACCUUCGGAAUCAUAUGAACAACAACACAGAUCAUCAGCAUAAUCAGUUUUCAUAUGAGCCGAUCAAAGCGGAGCAAUUAGAAGGCUGUGGUGCUCAGAAUUCGAUUCUGUCCUUUGAGAAAUUUAGCGUUGGUUCUUGGGAAGAGGGUAAUGAUCGGAAAAAGUUUGAAGGUAACGAAGGUUUUGGCGUUGAUGAUCAUAAGAAGAAUGUUGAGAACGUUGAAGGAGAGAAGCAAAGAAGGAAGGACAAAGAUGGUAAUGAACAUCAUGAUCAUGAUCAUGAUGAUGGUGACGAUAAUGAUAAUGAUAAUGACGAUGACGAUGAUCAUGCAGCUCCUCCAUUGGCAUUCAUUGAGAAAUGGCUUUUGGAUGAAACGAGUGGAGGCCAGAUGGAGGAGAUGAACCAAUUGAUGGAACUCUCCAGUAUGCUCUAAUUAAUGGUGAUCUCUUAAUUUCUUUUUUUUUUUUAAAUCUAAUUUUAAGUUUUUAUUGGAAAUAAAUAAAAGAGAGAAAUAGAUCACUCAAAUGGCAUAAUUUGUCAUUUGAUUUCUCUAAGCUAGGGUUUAUAACUGAAUAAAUUAUUAAAUUGUAAUUAAUCUAGUACUUUGUGCUC